CUCCCAGAAAGCUGCGCGGAGGCGGAGGGAGAGCCGCGGGGACUUCCGGACGUGACGUCAGGGCCGUGCGGAAGGGGAAGCGCGGCGCCGCGGAACGUGUAGGUUGCGGGCUGAAUGGAGACGCCGAGGAGGGCGAGAGGGGUGGCGAAGCGGCCCUAAAGCACCAUGACGAAAUUAGCGCAGUGGCUUUGGGCACUGGCGCUCUUGGGCUCCGCCUGGGCCGCCCUGACCACGGGAGCCCUGGGCCUGGAGCUGCCUUUGUCAUGCCGGGAGGUCCUGUGGCCACUGCCUGCUUACUUGCUGGUGUGCGCCGGCUGCUAUGCCCUGGGCACUGUGGGCUAUCGCGUAGCCACUCUUCACGACUGCGAGGAUGCCGCCCGUGAGUUGCAGAGCCAGAUCCAGGAGGCUCGAGCCGACUUAGCCCGCAGGGGGAUGCGCUUCUGACACCCUAACCCCUUUCCCGCCCGGACGGCCUCCCGUCUCAUCCCCCAUUAAAGAGCGAGUGUACUUCCUAACUUCGUUUAGUUCGAGUGUGGAGAAUGGGAAUGGGGAGUUCCGUGUACCAGCCGUGAAAGGCGGACGAGGAGGCAAAGAUCCCUUCUCAGGACGGGAAUGGCGUUUCACUUUUACGGUCCUUUUAAUCCUGUCAGGAAGUUCUUCUUGAAGCCUAACUUACAUUCUCCUUCAUAACUUCCGAGCUCUGUUCUUUUUAAGGCCUUCCAGGUCUUGCCCAGGUUGCUCUGGUUCUUGCAGAUACCUUUCUAAGCCAGUCCUACCAGCCCGAGAAUCACUGAAUCAGGCGGUCUACCCACCUUCCCCCCGCAGGCCAGGCCGGUCGAGAAUCACUGAAGAGAGAAUAAGCCUUGCCGGGCAGGGCUAUAUAACAGUUUAUUUUAAGGCACAUUCUAAGGAUUUCACCCUCACCUCCAAAAUUAAAAAAUAGAAUCUCUAGAAAAUAAGAGCUUCAUCUUCCCCAUCCCACCCAGUCUUCUAAGUAAAGCGUUCUUUGGUCCCUUGA